GUAAGAAGAAGUUUGUUUUUCUAACCUCGCUCGGCACAUUGUUUUUCUGUCUCCGGAAUAAUGCCAUUUAAAAAGCGCAACAGGAGGACGAAUUUCAAGAAGCACUUCGGGAGCCAUUCCCGGAACACGGGCUCGAAACCGAACGGCACCCAAUUUAGUGUCGAAACACACCCAGACCGAUCCGAGGAGCUCGGGAUUACGGAAUACGUGUCCACCUUGGAGGGAUUUCCCGCCGUUAUAAAAUCCCGGUACUCAGAUUUUCAGGUGAACGAGAUAGACUUGGAGGGAAACGUGGCGAAGCUAACCGAUACCAGUAUACCGGGCGAGUUCGCUACCAAGUUGCAGCAGGUCGAUUACAAGCAAGUGGAAGCCAGUCCGAUCGAAAAGGUGUCUCAAGAGCAGUGGGUCGCGAUGAAAAAUCUGGUACAGGGCGGCGCAGAAGACGUCGUCGCCAUAGACGCGAGCGACAUGGACAAGGACGCCCGUAAGGCGCUGCAUCAGUCGGUGGAGAAAUAUUUCGGCCGCAAAAUUAUCAGCAACACGGUGGUGGUUGACGGGAAACCGGUCGUGCAGAUGAAAAAAUACGAUAAAGAUGUAAAGGAGCGCAAACAGUGGCCCAACCACUUGCCCGACUUUGUGCACUUUGUUGUUUACAAGGAAAUGCUCGAUACGAUGGACGCUUGCCUAAAAAUCGCGCAGCAGCUGAAGAUAUCGCCCGGGAAGGUGACGUACGCGGGCGUGAAGGACCGGAGGGCGAAGACGACCCAGUGGUUCUGCGUGAGGCGGGCUCAGCCCUGGAAACUAAUCACCAAGACGAACUCCCAGAGGAAUAUCAAGGUCGGUAACGUGAAGUUUCGGGACGCGCCCCUGAAACUGGGUGACCUGAGCGGCAACCGGUUCAGGAUCGCGCUGAGGAACGUGGUGGCAGACGACGACGUCAUCAAAGGGUCCCUUGAAAGUUUGCGUCUUCGCGGAUUUAUCAAUUAUUACGGCAAUCAGCGGUUCGGCAAUGAUCGGGAAACUCCGACAUAUUCGAUCGGUGACAAACUUAUCUCGGGACGGUGGAAGGAGGCGAUCGACUUAAUCCUGAAAGUUAAAACGGGUGACGAUCAAAGUACCGACCUGAGCAAGGCGAAAAAAAUAUACGCGGAGACUGGAGACGCCGAAAAGGCUUUGAAAGUGUUAGGAACCAACCGGAACAGCAUCGAAGCGAAGCUGCUGGAAGGUCUGGCUCAGAAUGACGUCAACGAUUACGUCAACGCGUUGGAAAAGAUACCGCGAAACAUGAGGCUGAUGUACGUUCACUCUUUCCAAAGUCUGGUGUGGAACAAAAUGGCGUCGGAACGCAUACGCAAGUUCGGCCUGGAGGUGGUUGAGGGCGAUUUGGUGUCGGACGAGGACGGCGAGAACCAAGCGGAGGCCGACGAAAACUCGACCGAGGUGGUGGUUAAUCGGAAGUGCGUGAAAGUUGUGAGCGCGACGGAGGUCCAGAACUACACCAUUUACGACGUGGUUUUGCCCCUGCCGGGUUAUGACGUCACCUAUCCCGAAAAUUUGAAAGAUUCCUAUAAGGAAUUGCUCGGGAAGUACGAUUUGACGUUGGAGAUGCCCAAACAGAGCGUGAGAAGCUACAAUUUGAGCGGCGCCUACCGGAAACUAUGCGCUCGCGUGCAGGACCUGUCCUGGAACAUAAUGUAUUACUCCAAACCCACAGACGACCUAAUCCGAUCGGAUUUCGAAGAACUAAAAGGCUUAGAGGAGCCCAAAAGCGUCGAAAACGGCGAGUUCAAGGCGCUAGUGUUGGAGUUUCGCCUCAAGCCCGCCAGUUACGCAACCAUGGUGUUGAGGGAGUUGCUGAAAUGCGACACGUCCAGCCACGCGCAGGCGCAGCUGAACCACUACGCGUCUUCGAAGGUGGGCGAGAGGAUCCUAAUGGGCGAAGACGGCAAUAAGGACGAGACGUCGGGCACCGUGGGUCCGAUAGGCCUGCUGGAGGACAAGGAGAGGUACGAGGAUUUCAUGAAACUGGUUUUCUGCGACGGCACGAAGAGGAAAAUGGAAGGGAACGGGGAUGACGACGACGCCAGCCGCAAGAGGACGAAGGCCGACGGGUCCUGAAUUUUAUUUAUUUUUUUAUCGGAAAGUGAAUAAAGGAUCUCGAGGGCUUUUUGUCUUUUUUGCGAAAAAAAUACAGGGUGAUUUUUUUUU